CCUUACCUCAUGUCACCCAAAACAGCCGACACAGCGCGCCGUGGAUCCAACAACAUCUUGGUUUGACAUUUCACCUCCAGACAUACCUCCCCCGGUUGCGCAAAUAGGAUACGAGCAUCGAGUCGACACCUUUGGACGUCAUAUGAUUAUCUGGUAUGUCACAACAUCAAUGGCAUCUCUCUGCGACUUCCCUCUGGAUUUCAAUUGUUCCAUUACCCCGCUAACCACUGGAAUGAGCAGCCUUCGACGAUAACAUUAAACAUCGAACCUCCUUUGGCGCGCAUUUCGAUAAUAGACGCCGCCCACCAUGGACAGGGUCGCGGGCCUCACAGUUAACCAGAAGGCGGCUAGGAACCAAUUUCGGGCGCGUACUGUCAAGGGAGCCAACAACGGCGUUGCACUGCGACAGUAUGCCGAGGCUACACUCGGAGGCGGCAGCCUGCGUAAGGUUGUGAAGUUGCCUGAAGGCGAAGACGAGAAUGAGUGGUUGGCAGUCAAUAUGGUCGACUUUUACAACCAGAUCAACCUCCUCUACGGCGCUAUUACCGAAUUCUGCUCGCCUCAAUCAUGCCCCGAGAUGAAGGCAACCGACGAGUUCGAGUACUUGUGGCAGGACAGUGAAAACUACAAGAGGCCGACUAAGAUGGCCGCGCCGGACUACAUUGAGCACUUGAUGGCCUGGGUACAGCGUCACAUUGAUGACGAGCAAAUCCUGCCGAGCAGAAUUGGUGUUGCCUUCCCCAAAUCGUUUCCCUCAACAGUGCGGCAGAUCUUCAAGCGCAUGUAUCGCGUUUAUGCCCACGUCUACUGCCACCACUACGCAGUCAUCAGAGAGCUUGGACUGGAGCCCCAUCUCAACACGAGUUUCAAGCAGUACGUUCUGUUCGUCGACGAGCACAAAUUGGCUAGUGGCAAGGACUUUUAUGGUCCUCUGAACGAUCUCGCGGAGAAGAUGAUUGAAAGCGACUGAGACAGGCCAGACGAGCCUGUUGAGAGUAUGAAUGCAUGCAUUGUCUAGGCGUUGGGGAAACAUGGAUGACACGCCGGUUGGCAAGGUAAUAAGGAAGGUCUGAUGGUUGGCGCGUGGGGCUUUGACACUGCUGAGCCUGUGGACACGAGGCAUUGAAGCGGUUAUUGUGAUAUCACUGUAGACUACAAACUGGGUAACGGGUAGUACGGC